AUGGAUAACAGAUCUGCAAUCUAUACAUUUUAUAAUUCAUCAGCAAUUCUAAACAAACCAUUACAUUAUGAUCAACGCUUGGCCGAAUUAGAUCCUGUUCAUUUAACCGAUAUCAUUUAUACAAUUGGUAAUGUUAAACUAACACAAUAUGAAAUUCAUCUUUACUCAAAACGUCUAAAAUUUAUUCCAAAUCAGCCAUUUCAUAUAACGGAUCACCCCCUCGCCACAGUAUUGCCGAUCUGGUUGGCCACUGCCAUACCCAGUUUAUUAUCAUUGCUGAAAUCACCCGAUAUUGCAGAUAGGGUGCUACCAAACGCAUUGUUCAUUUGA